UAAACUAUUAAAGCCAUAAAUUCUGUGUUAGUAGUAUAGAAUUCAAUAUUCGCUGCUCCAUCAAUGGUAGAAGACAAGCAGUCAUCAAAAGCAUGUGAAUAUCCUUGGAUGCUAGAACUUUAUUUAGUGAGAUGUAAUGUGUAUUAAGAAAGACACCUCACUUCAGAGUCCUGUAGGAUCCUUGAUUUUUACUAGACAAGAAGUGGACACAAGGUACCAUAGGGGAACGUAUCAUCUGAACAACAUCAUCCAAUUCUGCUGAUACAUUCAUGCUACAGCAGUGGGCGAUAGAGCAUUAUUUAUUGGUAACUUCCUUAAUAAUGCGUUUUAUGGAAUAAUAAGGGAAUGAUCCAUUUAGUAUCUACAAAUGUUCUUACACUAGCCAAGUCUUGCAGUGAUCUUGUCCUGCCAUUAAUAAAGGUGAAUGGAAAAAAGAAUGAAGCAUUGUUUGCCAUAUACCUAACAGCUUUCUUUUAAUUCUGGAACAUCAAUAGCAUUACCAAUUUAAAAGGGACACAGCUUGAAUUAUGUGAAAUUGACUUAUUUAAAAUAAAAGUCCAGUGUCUAAUAAUAGAGCAUCCUUUAAACAGUAUCCUCCUCAGAUUUUAUAAAUACUCAAAAUAACUAUAUAGAUUUUUGUUUCCUUGCUGAUGUUUGAGGGGAAACAAAAACUGACUAUACAAAGUGCUAUCAAAAUGCACAAAGUAAACACGCAAUACUUUUUUCUUUUCAUUUACAGUAAGCUUGUGUUUUACUGGUAACUGCAAUAGGUAAGCAACUUCUAGCUAUAUGACUUUUUUCAAAAAUUUUCUUAAUAUAAGCAGAAGUAGUUAAUCUUCUGUAGCCAAAUGAUCUCUUGAGUACUGUCUUAUGUUUCACAGUAUGCAUCAUCAUUAUACUCCAUAUCCGUGCUCCCUAUUUCUGUUGUGAGUUUUACCUCUGUGCGCUUGAGGAGGAAAGAUCAAACCUGUCAUCCACUGGCUAGAGGGCUUCACAUCCAGUUCUAACUUCUGUUCGGCAGCAGUGUCAGGCUAUCUCUAGAUCUGCUUUCCUUUGGUGUAUAGGAAAUCCUUUAGAAACAUUCUAAAUUUUAUGCAGAUUUGUUCCUUUCUUUAUCCCAGCUAGGAAUCAUUCUGUGUCUUCUCUUUAAGCAGCAGCUUCACUUCACUUAGAGACAAAAGCUAUGAUCCUUAUGUGCAUUUGCUCCACAGCCUUUGGUGCUGUUCCAGCUUGCAUCCUCAGCCACUGGCCCCUACCAUGGGCAUGGUAGGAGUGGUUCCCUGGAGUCUGGCACUUGAACUCAAUGAAAUAGUGCCAAUCAUGGAGAGGAGCUGUCUCCAUUCUAGCCCCCCAACUUGAUGCCACAGAAGCUGACAACUUCCAUUCACACUUCUGUGUGGUUCCAAGCUCUACCUCAGCAGAGGAUGCAUUGGUUCUUCAGAUUCUAGCCCCAGGAAAGUCCCAGGCCCACUUAAAUAGCGCUGCACCUCUGUAAACCUCAGAGUGAUACCACAGGCUCUUUUGACAACUAAGUGGGCAUCUCUACUGUUCUCUGGUCACCACAAGCCAGCUUCACUAACCACCAAUGCUCUCAUCAGCUGGAGGCAGGUGCCUUUUCCUAAAUGAUAUGGCAUCUCUCUUUAGACUGUUCUAAUAACAUGCCCAUCCUUCCUCCUCAAGCAAUGCCCCCACUUAAAAUUUUUGCACGUUUUACAAGUUUUUGUAACUUUAAUAGUUGCUAUUUAACAUUUCCCUAGUUACUGAUGGCAUAAAAAGUAUUUCAUUAUAACUGUAAUAACUGCAUUAUCCCUAGCCUGAUUCUUGGCCCUGGUCUACACUAGGACUUUAGGUCGAAUUUAGCAGCAUUAAAUAGAUGUAAACCUGCACCCGUCCACACGAUGAAGCCCUUUAUUUCGACUUAAAGGGCUCUUAAAAUCGAUUUCCUUACUCCACCCCUGACAAGUGGAUUAGCGCUUAAAUCGGCCUUGCCGGCUCGAAUUUGGGGUACUGUGGACACAAUUCGACGGUAUUGGCCUCUGGGAGCUAUCCCAGAGUGCUCCAUUGUGACCGCUCUGGACAGCACUCUCACCUCAGAUGCACUGGCCAGGGAGACAGGAAAAGAACCGCGAACUUUUGAAUCUCAUUUCCUGUUUGGCCAGCGUGACAAGCUGCAGGUGACCAUGCAGAGCUCAUCAGCACAGGUGACCAUGAUGGAGUCCCAGAAUCGCAAAAGAGCUCCAGCAUGGACCGAACGGGAGGUACGGGAUCUGAUCGCUGUUUGGGGAGAGGAAUCCGUGCUAUCAGAACUCCGUUCCAGUUUUCGAAAUGCCAAAACCUUUGUGAAAAUCUCCCAGGGCAUGAAGGACAGAGGCCAUAACAGGGACCCGAAGCAGUGCCGCGUGAAACUGAAGGAGCUGAGGCAAGCCUACCAGAAAACCAGAGAGGCGAACAGCCGCUCUGGGUCAGAGCCCCAAACAUGCCGCUUCUAUGAUGAGCUGCAUGCCAUUUUAGGGGGUUCAGCCACCACUACCCCAGCCGUGUUGUUUGACUCCUUCAAUGGAGAUGGAGGCAAUACGGAAGCAGGUUUUGGGGACGAAGAAGAUGAUGAUGAGGAGGAGGUUGUAGAUAGCUCACAGCAAGCAAGUGGAGAAACCGGUUUUCCCGACAGCCAGGAACUGUUUCUCACCCUAGACCUGGAGCCAGUACCCCCGAACCCACCCAAGGCUGCCUCCUGGACCCAGCAGGCGGAGAAGGGACCUCUGCUGCAUGUGUUUCAAUGAUCACAGGAUCUUCUCCUUCCCAGAGGCUAGUGAAGCUUAGAAAGAAAAAAAAAAUGCACUCACGAUGAAAUGUUCUCCGAGCUCAUGCUGUCCUCCCACACUGACAGAGCACAGACAAAUGCGUGGAGGCAAAUAAUGUCAGAGUGCAGGAAAGCACAAAAUGACCGGGAGGAGAGGUGGCGGGCUGAAGAGAGUAAGUGGCGGGCUGAAGAGAGUAAAUGGCGGGCUGAAGACAGGGCUGAAGCUCAAAUGUGGCGGCAGCGUGAUGAGAGGAGGCAGGAUUCAAUGCUGAGGCUGCUGCAGGACCAAACCAGUAUGCUCCAGUGUAUGGUUGAGCUGCAGCAAAGGCAGCUGGAGCACAGACUGCCACUGCAGCCCCUCUGUAACCAACCACCCUCCUCCCCAAGUUCCAUAGCCUCCACACCCAGACGCCCAAGAACGCGGUGGGGGGGCCUCCGGCCAACCAGCCACUCCACCACAGAGGAUUGCCCCAA